AUGACUGCUUUCAAUCCCCUUACUGCCAUUCUUACCCAAAACAAACUUGAGGGUCCAAAUUAUGUUGAUUGGAAACGAAAUUUGGAUAUUGUUCUAAUUGCUGAAGAGUACAAAUUUGUGCUCGAUGAGGUGUGUCCAGAAAAACCUGGAGAUGAUGCCACAGAUGAUGAACAGAAGGCUUACCAGAAAUGGAUUAAGGCUGAUGAGAUGGCGCGAUGUUACAUUUUGGCAUCCAUGUCGAAUGUUCUGCAACAUCAGCAUCAGUCGAUGGAGUCUGCUUAUGACAUUCUGGAAAAUCUCAAAGAAAUGUUCGGAGAUCAGAAUCGUGCGGCUAAGCAGACUGCCAUGAAAGCCCUUCNUAUUAUAUGUACCUUCCGUUAG